ACCCUCUACCCCCCGAAACUCCUUCAAGAUGGCCAAGCCUCGCGGACUGAACACGGCGCGCAAGCUCAAGACGAUCCGUCGCGACAACCGAUGGGCCGAUGCGCACUACAACAAGCGCAUGCUGGGCAACUUCUACAAGUCGUCGCCCACCGGUGGCUCGUCGCAGGCCAAGGGCAUCGUGCUCGAGAAGGUCGGUGUUGAGGCCAAGCAGCCCAACUCGGCCAUUCGCAAGUGCGUGCGUGUGCAGCUCAUCAAGAACGGCAAGCGUGUCGCCGCUUUCGUGCCGAACGACGGUUGCCUGAACUUCAUCGACGAGAACGACGAGGUGCUCAUCUCGGGCUUCGGUCGCAAGGGCAAGGCAAAGGGUGACAUUCCCGGUGUGCGCUUCAAGGUUGUCAAGGUCUCCGGUGUCUCGCUGCUCGCCCUCUUCAAGGAGAAGAAGGAGAAGCCGCGUUCGUAGAGGACACAAAAAGGCCCACCACGUCCUUGCGCUGCCGGGCGGAGGCGAGGGGACGGUCGCAUGCUCCCACAUUCCAUCACCAUCCUGUACGAUCUUCCCACCCACGCUCCAUCGCAAGCUCAUAGCGGUAUUUCUCAUUGCCUCAUCGUG